GUUUUACAGACCAUUUUACACACUUAUUCUUAGGAAUUAAGACUGUUUUGCUCUAAAAUCUAUUUAAAUGGAUGGACUGAUAUGAAUCAUAACUUGUAAAUAAAUUUAACCCACUCUUUCCUGGAGUUUAGCAGAGCCACGCUUGCUACAUAGCCAAGAUAAAGCACAAUGUGAAUGGAAAAUUGUCAACCAAAAAUAUAAAAUUUACUCCAUCUCAGGUCAUUCAAUGUAUAGAGGAGUUAGUUUUUUUCAUUGGAACAAAUUUGGAGAAAUUUAGCAUUACAUCCUUUGCUAACCAAUGAAACCUUCAAUGAAUGAUGCAGUCGAUGAAUGCCAUCAUGGUGACAGUUUAAACCGAUGAUAAAAACAUCACAAUAAAUCAAAAGUAAUCAAAAUAAAAAAUGUCAUUUUGUUGUCAUUUGUAUAUGUCUUUAUCUCAAAGUGCUUCUCAAUAAAUUAGUUUCAUUUAUUUCAGUAAUUCAACUUAAAUUGUGAAAUUCAUGUAUUAAAUUCAAUGCACAUCAACUGAAGUAAGUCUUUGGUUCUUUUAUUGUGAUUAUUUGGGCUCACAUUUAACAAAAACCCACCAAUACACAAACUCAACAAAUUAAAAUACUUCAUAAGACCAAUAAAAACAUUUAGUGAAUUGUUGGCCUUCUGGAAAUUAUUUGAAUUUAUUGAACAUAUACUCAAUACUUGGUAGGGUCUCCUUUUGCUUUAAAUACUGCCUUAAUUUGGUGUGGCAUGGAGGUGAUCAGUUUGUGGCACUGCUGAGGUGGUAUGGAAGCCCAGGUUUCUUUGACAGUGGCAUUCAGCUCUUCUGUGUUGAUUAGACUCUCUUCUCUCAUCAUUUUCUUGACAUUACUCCGGUCUGGUGAGUUUGCUGGCCAGUCAAAGCACACCAUGGUCAUUUAACCAACUUUUGGUGCUUUUGUAAGUGUGGGCAGGUGCCAAAUCCUUCUGGAAAAUUAAAUCAGCCUCUUCAAAAAGCUGGUCAGCAUAAAGAAGCGUGAAGUGCUCCAAAAUGUCUUGGUAAACGGGUACAGUGGCCUUGUUUUUCAAAAAACACAAUGGACCAACACCAGAUGACAUUUGCACCCCAAAUCAUCACAGACUAUGGAAACUUAAUACUGGACUUUAAGCAACUUGGGACAUGAGCUUCUCCACGCUUCCUCCAGACUCUAGGACCUUGGUUUCCAAAUGAAAUACAAAACUUGCUAUUAUCUGAAAAAAGGACUUUGGACCAAUGACAACAGUCCAUUUCUUUUUCUCCUUAGCCCAGGUAAAACUCCUCUGAUGUUGUUUGUGGUUCAGGACUGGCUUAACAAGAAGAAUACGAAAACUGUAGCCAAAUUCCUUGACACUUCUGUGUGUGGUGGCUCUUGAUGCAUUGACCCCAGCCUCAGUCCAUUCCUUGUGACGUUCUCUAAAAUUCUUGAAUCCAGUUUGCUUGACAAUCAUCGUAAGGUUGCGGUUCUCUCGGUUGGUUGUGCAUCUUAUUCUUCCACACUUUUUUCUUCCACUCAACUUUCUGUUAACAUGCUUGGAUACAGCACUCUGUGAACAGCCAGCUUAUUGGCAUUUCAUUUUUGUGACUUACACUCCUUGUCAAGGGCGUCAAUGAUUGUCAGAGACCAUUUUGAAGGCUCAGGAAACCAGUUUGCAGGUGUUUUGAGUUGAUUAGCUAAUUGGCAUUUCAUCUUAUUCUAAUUUGUUGAGAUCGUGAAUUGGUGGGUUUUUGUUAAAUGUGAGCCAAAAUCAUCACAAUUAAAAGAACCAAAGACUUAGACUACUUCAGUCUGUGUGCAUUGAAUUUAUGUAAUACACGAGUUUCAGAAUUUGACCUGAAUUACUGAAAUAAAUGAACUUUUCCAAUACAUUCUAACUUACUGAGAAGCUUGUUAUAAAACACUGGUCAUACUUGAAAUUUAAAAUGUUUCCAUAAAAUGUUCCUAUUUGUUUGUGCACUAGUUACUGAUCUUUUAUCAUAUGAUUUACUGUUGUCAUAUUGCUAAUUAUUUAUUAAUGCAAGUGCUGCUAAAACCUGUUCUUGUGACAAUGAUAUGUGGUCUUUGUUUUUUUGUUUCCAGCUAUAGGUAAGCAUGCCAUUUCACAUAUGUCGUUUUGUGGGAGGGGUUGUUUCAGUAACUCAUAAAUUUGGUUUCUAAAAUUUGAGAUUAAAAAAUAUUUUUGAUCAUGAUGGAGCUCAACAUAGGCUUCAAUUCCACAUCUAACAGCACUUCCAUGGGUUCAGAGAAGAUCGCUCCUGCUGUAGUUCUGGGUUUGUGCUGUUUGGUUGGUUUGCCAAGCAACAUUGCGGUAAUACUCAUCAUUGCUCGUGAGUGGAACAGAAACCUGAGCUUUAUCUUAAAACUAAUGCUAAACCUUGCGGUCUCUGAUGCUUUGACCCUUUGCUUGGCUCCUUUUGUGCUGUAUGGAAUACUGUUUGGAUGGAAACUUGGCCUUUGGUUUUGUCAGUUCCUGUUUUUUUUGGGUCACUGUAGUCUGUAUGUUGGGGUCCUGACGGUCACCUCCAUGAGCAUCCACCGCUAUCACAAUGUCAUCAAGUCAAGAGUCACUAACAGAAUGAUACUGCAAAGACUGGAAAGACGGCACAGGCGCCUUCAGCUGAUUGGCAUCUGGUUUCUAGCUUUUGCUUUUUCCCUGCCAGUACUUUUUACCCAAGGACUCGAAGACAAGGAUGGACUUAAAAGAUGUCAGAGGAAAAUGGAGUCGCAGUCUGUAGAAGUGACUCUUUUGCUUUUUGAGAUCCUGGUUGGGUUUAUCAUUCCAUUUGUGACAAUGUUGAUGUGUUAUCUAUGGUUGGACAAAGGGUUGAGACAAAAGGCCAAGAGCUCCAGUCUAACUAGAGCUCCACAGGACCAGGAACCCAGAAACCAGGGGACAAACGUUAGGACUUACAAGAAAAGACUUGUUAUCAGCAUCGUUUUGGCUUUCUUUCUGUUUUGGACUCCUGUGCACAUUAUCAAUGUGAUUGAUAUAGUCAAAACUCUGACUAAAACAUCUCAUCCAGAUGUUCAUUCCCAACUGAAGUCCUUCCGCGAAGUAUAUGGUGAUACAAGCAAGACUCUGGCUUUGCUAAACUGCUGUCUGAAUCCUUUUCUCUAUGCCAUCUCUUCAGCGAAUCUAAUGAAAUAUUUCAGAAAGAGAUAAUUCAAAAUUUCUGAUUCAAUAAUUUAUUUUUAGUCAAAUAUAUGCUUUAAAGACAACACGCACCAAAAAAAAAAUAAAAAAUUGUUCUAAACUACAAAAAUUUGAUUUUGGCUUGUAAUAGUAGCAGAACCUUUUUUAUAAAGUUCUAUAAAGAACCAUGCUUCACAGUGUUUUAUAAUUGUAUUCAUUAAUAUUGUUUUUACCUCUCUAUCUGCCUUGUCUUAUAAUAUCUUGUAGCCUGUAGUAAAACACAAAAUAGAAAGAGGAUAUAGUAAUGAAGACUUUUCCAUUAUUAUGUAUAUAUUCUGAGUGGCAGUUUCUCACUGCAGAUGAUGAAGUUGGGUGUGAUGCGUGAGGUUAGAGUUACAGUGUGUCUCCUACAUCUAUAUAAAACAAAAGGCCAAAAGUAGAAAAACAAAUAGGCAGUAUGUAAGCUUCGCAAUGUAAAAAAAAAAAAAAAAAAAAACCUUUUGAAGAACCAUAUUUUUUUAGACUGUGGAUUAAAAAUGUUCUUACAUAGUUUACAGUAGAUGAGCACAUGCUUUUAGUGGACUCACACUAUUUAACAGCUUCCUGUGUCAUGCAUUUUAUACAGAAACAUGAUCAUAUUUAUUAACAUGAAUUGGGUGUUGUAAAUAUCAGUAUUAUACAUAAUUGCAUUUUAUUUGAUUGCUGUAAGUGUUAUUAAACAGAUGGAAAUGUU